AGUCAACUUCUUGACGCUUCGGUUUUUCCCCCCAAAAAAAAAAAAAAAAAAAAAAAAAAAUUCACAUGAAACCGCCACCUAAAGCAGAGUUUCCCAUACGGGAUUCUCUUGCUUUCCGACGAGGUUGAGCUUUUCUGUGUUGCCCCUUUUUUUUUUUUUUUUCCCCGAAUUUUUAUAGUAAGAUUGAGGAAUAAUACCAGUUCGUAUACUGUCUCAAAUGUCCGAGCUUUAGUGGGGUUCUUGGUUAUGGGUUGGAGGUACAAGGCUGGACUUGGGUUCAUUGGAACUUUCGUCCUCAUAUGGGUUGCAGCUGCAGAGGUGACUCAGAGAAUUUUUUCAGAGUAUAAGCAACCAUUUGCACUCACUUAUCUGGGAGUGUCUCUUAUGGUCAUCUUUCUACCUAUAGCAGCGCUUAGAGAUUGGCUCUGCAGCUUACUUUGCCCAACUUUGCUUAAGAACUUACAAGAUGACAGCAAUGAAAUGGAUACUUUGAUGGGGCUUGAUGUCCCUCUUAGAUUCAAUGAAAAUGACUAUGAUGCAGAAAGAGAACUGAGAAGCUGCCUAAUUACCGACAAAGAUCUUACCGAUAGGGAAGAAGGCCGACCCCUAGAUUUUGAGAAUGAAGAAGAUGAAUCACACUUUCUUAAACAAAGUUUUGAGCUUAGUUCUUGGAAAGUUGUGAAGUGCGGGCUAUAUCUUACUCCAAUAUGGUUUGUUACAGAGUAUUUUGCAAACUCCGCACUGGCAAAUACUAGUGUUGCAAGUACCACUGUCCUAACCUCUACUUCGGGCCUCUUUACACUUCUCUUUGGAGCUUUUCUUGGUCAGGACUCUGUAAAUCUACCAAAGGUGAUAGCUGUUCUUAUCAGCAUGGCUGGUGUUGCAAUGACUACUAUUGGAAAAACUUGGACAUCAGAAGAGCUGUUGACCAUGUCCGAGACCAGAAAGCACUCUAUAACAGGAGACAUAUAUGGUCUUCUCUCUGCAGUAUCAUAUGGCUUAUUUACAGUACUGCUCAAGAAAUUUGCUGGAUCAGAAGGACACAAGGGUGAUGUGCAAAAGUUCUUUGGAUACAUUGGUCUCUUCUCUUUGGUUGGUCUCUGGUGGCUUGUUUGGCCACUGAAUGCUCUCGGAAUUGAACCUCCUUUUAGUUUUCCACAUUCAGGAUCUGUUGGGGAAGUUGUGCUAUUAAAUGGUCUUGUGGGUGGUGUUUUUGCUGAUUAUUUGUGGGCUGUCUCUGUGGUCUGGACUUCUCCACUAGUUGCAACAUUGGGUAUGUCCUUGACAAUUCCUCUUGCAAUGUUAGCUGACAUGGUAAUACAUGGUCGGCAUUUUUCCGCGGUUUACAUUUUUGGUUGCAUACAGGUUUUUGCUGGAUUUGUGAUGGCAAAUCUUUCAGACAGGUUUUCUUGCAAGUCAGAAUUGUAAUAACAAGUAACAAAAAAGAAUCAAUUUAUAAACGGCAAAGUUCGUACAUACACAGGAGAUUGGGAUCAUUUCACGCGACCUUACGUUUGUAUUUUAUAUAUUCUUCUGUAUGGAGAUCUAUAUAAUGAUGAUAAUGGAAACUAAAUUCGUUGCUGAUU